AUGGCCCCCUCUGCCGUCCCCCAGCAGGACGUCAACCUGACCGCCGCGGCCAUCCAGCGCAAGGAGGCCAGCAUGGCCAACGGCGACGGCGGGCAAAAGACCCCCCUCGACGCCUCCAAGCUCACCUACUCGCUGACCAAGUCUCCCCGCCCCGUGCCGGACCAGGCCACGGCCAACGCCGGCGACGAGACCAUCGCCACGGACCACAUGGUGACGGCGACGUGGAAGGCCUCGACGGGCUGGGGCGCGCCGGAGCUCAAGACGUACGGGCCCCUGAGCCUGAUGCCGACGGCGUCGUGCCUGCACUACGCCACCGAGUGCUUCGAGGGCCUCAAGGUGUUCCGCGGCUACGACGGCAAGCUGCGCGUGUUCCGGCCGGACCGCAACUGCGCGCGCAUGCACAUGUCGGCCGGGCGCAUCUCGCUGCCGCUCUUCGAGCCGGCCGAGCUGGAGAAGCUCAUGCCGGGCCACUUCCUCUACAUCCGGCCGACCCUCAUCGGCACCCAGUCGCAGCUGGGCGUCCAGGCGCCGCGCGAGGCCAUGCUCUACAUCAUCGUCACCUUCAUGCCGCGCAUGGACUCGCCCCCCGGCGGCAUGCGCCUGCACACCUCGCCCGAGGACAUGGUGCGCGCCUGGGUCGGCGGCUUCGGCUACGCCAAGGUCGGCGCCAACUACGGCCCUUCGCUCAUGGCCACCCAGGACGCCCGCCGCCGCGGCUUCCACCAGGUCCUCUGGCUGUACGGCGCCCGGGGCGAGUGCACCGAGGCCGGCGCCUCCAACUUCUUCGUCGUCUGGGUCCGCAAGGACGGCAAGAGGGAGCUCAUCACCGCCCCGCUCGACGACAAGCUGAUCCUCGACGGCGUGACGCGCCGCAGCUGCCUGGACAUUGUGCGCGAGCGCAUGGCCGGCGAGAUUGACGUGACGGAGCGCAAGUACACCAUUGACGAGCUCGUCGAGGCGGAUGCCGAGGGGCGUAUUCUGGAAUCCUUUGCCGCUGGUACUGCUUACUUUAUCUGCCCUGUUUCGCAGAUCCACCACCGCGGCAAGGAUAUCAACAUCCCCAUGGGGCCCGAGGGCACGGCCGGCGAGGUGACGACCAAGAUCAAGACGUGGAUCGGCGACAUCAUGUACGGCCGCGAGCAGCACGAGUGGGGUGUCGUCAUUCCCGAGAAGGAGCAGUAA